UUACGCGCUACCGCGAUCAAUCACUGGUGUUCGAUCUUUGUAAUUGCAGGAAUCUCCACGAGUCUGAUACGGUGAAGCGCCAUGGUGAAGAAGAAGGAGUUGAGAAACUUUCGACCAGGGGAGUGGCUGAAUCUAAUGCUGACUGAGCCCUACUAUCUCUCCCAUUUUCUAGCCUUUUUUUCCUAUUUUGUGAUUCGAAGUUCUGCUGCUCAUGUACUCUCAUAUAAGAACAUGCAUCUUCUCUUUUGCCGGGAGAUGCAAGCGAUUCUGGUGUUUCUGAUUUUCUUUAUGCUUAAGAUGGUGAGAAGAGAGACACCGGAGGCCUUUACUGCCGAUAUGCUGCUUUAUGUUAAGGGUUUUCUUGUUGCCCUCGCUUCUAUGAUGGAUUAUCACCUUGCGGUUUGGUAUGUAAUUGUGUUUGCAGGAAUAUACGUUUUUACUCAACAACCUGUCUACCAAGGAUCAGAUACCUGCAGUAAGUUAACUCCACUGCAGCUGGAAUCCUUGCUGACUGAGGGGAACAACAAGUCAAGAUUCUGGCUGGUUGAGUUUCGUGUUUCCUUCUCAGCUGAUUGCAUACGAUAUAGUAGAUGUUUGCCUGAGCUAGCAGUUACAUAUUCAAAUAAACAUUUGUCAUUCGGAGUAGUUGAUCUUGGGCUCUUUCCAAAUGUUGCAGAGAAAUUUGGGAUUUCACUUGGUGGGAGUAUGAACCAGCUUCCCACCUAUAUCUUAUUUGAGAAUGCAGCCGAGAUUGCUCGCCUUCCAGAUUUGAAUUUGGAAUUAAAAGCAUACCCUCCAAUAACCAAGCGACUUCUUUGUAGACAUUUCGACCUUGAUCGACGCCUACUUGAGUAUGUAUAUAAAAAAUAGCACAGGUUGUGUUUCUUUCAACGAGCUUAUCUGCUUUAUUUCUCGCUUCAUGGGAUCAGUGUGUUAGAUUUCAGUUACUGUAUGCACAAAGAGAAGUGAAUUCGAUCAUGUUUUGAUUUCAAUUAUGUAAUGGGCUCGAAUUACAAGCUUGAUUAUAAACUUGCAAUGACAUUUCAGUCCAAAGUUUGUAAUUUUAGGCCACAGAAGAACGAGAUUUCUGUAAAGUUGUAAACUUACUGAUGCAGAACCUGAGUAAAUAUAUGGGAUUCCAAGUUGCAGGGUGGACCGAAAACUUCCUGUGGAAUCACCCCUCAGUUAUAAAUACUGAAAAUUCAAUGAUAGCCACUAUUAUUGACUU